AACAAUUCAUUCAUCUCUAGUCAAAACGUGGUUUUGUGUAAAAUUAUAAAAAGGAUUAAAAUAAGAUUUGCUUUUUAAUGUUCAAAAUAAACAUAGCAGUAGGAAACUACUACAAGCACUGGCAUGAUGAGCGAUCUUGAAGAAAUGGACAGCGAGCAAUUGAAUGAGCUGGAAUCAAUUCUUUACGCCUCCAUACACUACAAUGAUACAACCAGCGAACAACAACAGCACACACUGGAUGUGCAUGUGGAUGUGGAUAUGGACGCACAGAGUAUGCCACCACCACAACAGCAAAUAGAACAACAGCAAAAGCAACAACAGCGAUUUGUUAGCAACAAGCGAAUUAUCAAUAAUGCAACUGCAAAACCUCGCUACUGGUCUGAUAACAAUACCGAAACUGCAACGGCAAAUGAUAAUUGGAAAUCAAAGGCAAAAACCACAGCAGAAACUCCUACCACAGAUGAGCCGGGCGCAACUACCGAGCAGGAUAAGCGAGAUGCUGUUCCCACAAAGAAGCUCAAUAAUGCCAAGAAGUCGUCUCUUUUGCCUAAACAAACAAAAGCUCUCAAUCCUGUUCAACAAUUGCUGCAGCAACAACAACAAAUGCGUCAACAACCGAAAAUGCCGCAUAAAAAACAGCCACAAGUACAAAAACCACCGAAAUCACAGCAAACCUCAAACCCAAAAAUUGAGGACGAUGAACCUGAACGUUUUGAUCAACGCCUUCUGGUGGCCAUACCAUCCAAUUUCCCAACCGGCAAACAUGAGCGGCAUGGCCCAUUUGCGAAAGCAAAUCGUAAGCUCGAGCAGCAUCAGCGUCUUGCAGAGAAGCGUCAAAAAUCGAAGCGUGUGCAAGCAAACAAGAAACUUAGGCAAAACAAAGAGCAACCCAUGGAACUAAUCAAUCUUGUUGACAGUGAGAAAUCGUCAGAUGCAGACGAUGUGGUGAUUGUACCGCUCCCACCGGUACCCAUUAUAGACGUGGAUUCAAGCGAUGAGGAACAGGAGCCGCAGACGCCAGCAGUUUCCUAUUUGGAAGAGAACGCAAUGGAUGCAGCGGAUGUAAGCUUAACCGGAGAGCAAAUCACAGAUCAAGUCACAAUGGCUUCGCAGCUCAAUUCACCUUCGAGUUCCGUUUUAUCCAGUGAUGAUUUCAUUGUACAAAAGGAUACGAGUCGCCUGCUCGCCGAACGUGCCCGAGCUACAGAUGAAGACUUGCUAGUGCUUACAGAGAACGCCAUACGAGAUGCAGCCGAGCCUGCCAGCCAAGAAAAGGAGCAGCCGGCAGACACCUCCUCGGAAUAUGAGUUUGUGCCGCCUUCCAGGCUUGAGGAGAUCAAACAAAACUAUCGUGUGGAUGAACAACAAUUCCGUGCUCUGGAUGUCUAUGAGAGCGAAUCAGAUCUCACGGAAAGCGGCGUCUACUGCAAAGCAAAACAGAAGUCUGUGCCAACAAUUAUACGCAACGUGGACUCCGACUCGGAUUCGACAGACAUCGAACGUGUCGUAGAACCCACCGUGAACAAAACUAAACGUUUACGCAAGCGACGCGCUUCAAGCACCAACCAAAGCCAAUCGGAUCCCAACAACGAGUGUGAUCAGGGUGACACAGAGAGCGAUGAUGCAGGUGUGCAAGCAACAGGUGUGCCAGGCAUAGCACGUGGUAUGGCUGUGGAGCGUUGCAAGCGCAAAAUACGUCGCAUAAGUCAAAUGCGCAACUCAGAAAGUGUAGCUCCAGCAGGGCAGCAUAAGAAGACAUCCGUUGAUGACGCCAGCUCAGAGUCAGGUGCUGAAGAGACGCUGCCCACAGCGCGUCAAAUCGCUGAACGAUUGCUCCAACAGGAGCAGGGCAAGAAACAGGCUACACCUGAGCAACAUCUUCCACAGAACGGCGAGCCAAUGGACAGCGUUGGCUCUGAUGCAAACACAGAAGAUGAAGCUGAGAUGAGUAAUGCGAUAAUCGAAGUCUGUACGAUUGAUGAUGAUGAAAGCCGCGCAAAAGCCGAUCAACAUCUUCCGCAGAACGGCGAGCCAAUGGACAACGUUGGCUCUGAUGCAAACGCAGAAUAUGAAGCUGACAUGAGUGAUGCGAUAAUUGAUGUCUGUAUGAUUGAUGAUGAUCAAAGCCCUGCAAAACCCAAUCUGAAUACCGAGAAUACCAAGCAGAUGCAGGAGGUAAGCACUACUAACACGGACCCGGACCCGGACUCUGAACCGGAAACAGAAGCGGAGAAUACUGAAGAGAAUGAAGCUGCAGCUGAAGUAAAUAAUAUGGAAAUACAGCGGAAAAUGAAAAAAGUAUUGGCUGAAGUUCAAGUGGAGCCCAAUUUGCCGGAGCUGGAAGAGCAGCUACGUGUGAAGGAUUUGAUUGGCUGGAAUGAAGAAAUGUGUCGUUUUUAUAAUGAUAGUUGGCAUGGAGAGAAUUUUAAUCUACAAAAGAUACUGAAGGGCAUGUCGGGCCAACGCAGCGAGUGGCGCAUUAACCACGCAGAUCGCUUUCCGCCUGCCCGCAAACGUUCAAAUCUGAAGUGCAGUAAUUGCUUUGAAAUGGGACAUAUACGCUCCAAAUGUCCACGUCCACGAAAGCCCGUCAUUUGUUAUAUGUGCGGCAUGACGGGGCAUGCAGAACCCCGCUGUCCAAAUGCCAUUUGUCUGGGUUGUGGCUCCAAGCAGUCUAUCUAUGUGCAGACGUGCAACAAAUGUUCGUUUCAUAGCCGGAUGAUCUGUCAGCUGUGCAAGGUGCGUGGCCAUAGCAGCGACAAGUGUCCCGACCUGUGGCGUCGUUACCACUCCACAACUCGCAGCAAUGCAGUCCUAAAUAGCAAAGUGCAAUAUCGCCCAAAGCACUGCAGCUAUUGCUCCUUACGUGGUCAUCUCUUUGAGGAGUGUCGUCACCGCUUUGGCGAAUUUCGGAAUAUGAACCAUACCAGCCGUAUUAUAUCACAUCAGAAGGUUUGCAAGGAUCGCAGCGAACCCAUCAGCUAUUUGACUGAUUUGCGGUCCUCCUUUGCCAUCGAUUUGCAUUUCCACUUUAAUUGGACUUCAGAGUUUUCAAAAAAUAGCUGCUACGCACGUUUUCUCAUAGCAGUUGGUUUGGCUAAGCCGGCAGAGAAACGCAAGAAGAAUGCCUCAGUUCAGCAGUUAAAAGUCUAUACAAAUGAUUAUGUGCCCAAUCCGCAGGCCAGAGCAGCCCGUCGCAUUACAUCAGCUACAACUUCCUCUACGAUAGUAGAGGAGCUGCCAGUAGAGGAUAAGCCCGACUCUGCUUCGGUAGUAGAUGCAGAAGUUCUAAAAGUAGCGGAACCAGAACCUGCUCCUGUACAAAUACAGCAGGAGGAGAUUAGCAGCAAUUUUGACAACAAGUCUCCAACACCGAACAAAUCCAUCAGCAACAGUAGUCUGACAGCCAGCAAAUCUACUGUCACACCACAUGACUUGGACUCGGAUUCGAACUACAGCUUUUCGGAACAUUUUGAGCUGCCUAGCUCGACGACUAGGCCAAAUGAGCAGGAGAAUGAACCGGAACAAGCAAAAACAAGACCUAUGGAAAAUCUGCCCGACAUAAUACCACUCAGCACAACAUCUAAUGAACAAGAUGAAGACAAUGACAUGACCAUCGGCACGAAAAGUCAGGGUAUUUCGAUGUGCGUGAAUAACAAGGCGCCUCCAGCAACAACAACGCCGCUGCCGGAAAGUUUGCCAGAUGUACCAUCAGAAGCGAAGAUUCUCAUGGCGCGCGACCAAACCGAAUAUCUAUUCAGUCCAGAGGGUCGGGAGUUUUUGACUGCUUCGGCCAAGCAAUGUAAUGUCAAUGUCCGCAUGGACUUCAAGGAAUACGGCUAUGUACUGGUUAUAUAUGGUAUGAAGAAGAACCAGGAGGCUCUUCAGCUCAUGUUGUUGCGUCGCAACCAGGAUGUGAAGCGCAAGAGCAACGAAUUUCAAAGCCAAAAACCACCAAAGCGUAUCGAUGUGCUCAUACGUUUUAUACGUGAUGGCAUCACCAGUUUAGCUGGAGAUUUGGGUAAUGCCAAGACCCAUUAUUUCCGCAUAAAGGAGCUGGAGCAAAUGAAUACCAAAAAUGGCUACAAGCUGGCCGAACGCAAGCGUCGCCUGCUCAAUAUGAUAUUAUUUGGACAGGCUGGCUUGAGCAAUGGCAACAUGCAUUUAGAUCAGCUACUGAUCAUACUGAAGCGUCUGUUGAAUGAGCAUGCGGGCGAUGAGAAUGCCACAGCUGCGAUGCGCAAUGAAAUCGAAGAGCAUUGGCGCAUAAUAUUCAGUGCCUAUCCGCAUCCUAAUUAUGAAACGCUGCUUCAGAGCUAUGUCAAGUUAGAUGUUAAGAAUCGCAUGUCAACGCUUAAUAUAGAGCCUGCUCUGCUGGGCCAGCAAAUGAUCAAUAAGAAAAGAGAACGUCUUGCCUCACCACCACCUGCUGCAACCGCUGAGCCUAGCAAGACUUCCUCGCCUAACAAACGUUCGCUGCUUACUGCCAAAUGGUCUGAUCAGCAGCAGAAGCAACCACCGCCGCCGCCUUUAUGGAAACAUGAUGAGCGCGCACAAUUAUCAUCACCUGCCAUGCAGCCAAAUAGUAAUUCUCGCACAGCUAAGCAACGCGCACAGCCACAUGCCAAGUCGCUGGGGCAACAGAAGAGGCAGCUGCGUCCUCUGCCGCCCGUUUGGCAGCACGAGGAGCAGCACAAUAAUAACAACAAGCAACGCAUACCAAAGCAGCAGCGAGACAAAUCUCGCCCCGUCCCACAACAGUCGCAACAACAGCAAAAGCUUUUAUUACCCUGCAACAAUAUGCAGCAACGUACGCCAGCUGGCAAACUGCAGUUGCAACGCAAUCGUCCACUGCAAUCUGAAUGCGUUCGCCUGCUGGCUGGCAUGGAACGUGGUGAUUCCCGCAUCAACACAGAUGCCUCGAAGCCCUCUAUGUUCUGGUCACGUGAAUCGCUUAAAUAUCUUGAUGAUCUGUUCAAGCUAACGACAAAUCCGGAGACUUUGGAACGCCUGCAGCGCGUGCUAGAUCGUUCGCGUCGAGGACAGCUGUCGCACAACGAUUAUCGCGCUGUCAUACGGCUGCACUCGCUUAUGGGCGGGGGAUCAUCUUAUCAACGGGGGACUUAGUUUAAGAAAGCUUAAAUAAUGGAAUAAUUAUAUGGGUAUAUAUCAAAGAUAAUAAAUACCCAGCAGCGAAUAAAAGAAAUCUUGACUUAAGUUCGUCUAAUGUUAUAAUGCA